UAAAAAAAAGUUCAAACGAAUAAUGAUUAUCAUAGAAAGAGAGAUGGAAGAAGAAGGUGGUGGAGGAGAGGUAGAUACAGCAUUGAAAAAGGAAAGCCAUGGUGUUUCGCGACUGGAAGACCUCGGCGUUGCACCUUAGGAUAGCAGAAACUCUCUGUACGAGAGUUGAGAAGGGUUUCUGAGGGAAAGAGGUGGGGAAGAAGAGAUUGGAGAAAAGGACGAAGAAGAAGAAGAAGAAGAAGAGAACGAGUAGGAAGAAAAAGGACUCGUUGUGCUUCAGGCAAAGUAACGUCUCUUAGUUCAAAAGGAUACCUGUUGGAUAAUCUUAGAAAAAUUGACUAAACAUUUCGAUUUAUUCGAUAAUUAAAAAAAAAAAACACGAAAGAAAAAAUAAUUAUUCAACAUUGGUUAUAUAUAAAAAUAGGUGCCAAUUGUCCACCCCCCAUGAGGCCACUUUCCUUCGAAAACCUUAGGAGGCUCGUGAGCCGUAAGAAGGAUCGUAACGAGCCCUCCUUCAAACGUAGCGAAUCGUUUAAAAGGAUAUCGAUUAGGAAAAGUUAUCUAGAUCGUGGCAAACGUCGUAACAAAUUGCAAAAAAAUUUAGACCCAGUGAUAACGGCUCAACCGUGUGUGGUAGUUUCACCAACACCACAAUCACAACCACCACCACCACCUGCUAUUACUACUAAAACCGUGCCGGAUCUUCAAGAAAAUAAAAUACAGAAUAAAAUUAAGAUCAAGGAUCAACAACAACAACAACAACAGCAGCAGGAAAUUAAAAGACAACAAGAAAACGUUUCGUUGAAUCGCGUUGAAUCAAUCAGUUACGAUGAAUGGUUGCAAGGUGUUGGUUCAUCAUCACGUGAAAAACUUCAUCAGGAUAAAGUGGUAGUCAAAGAAAUAAUAAAUAAAACUAAGAUUACGAGUAAACAAUUAAUUCAAGAUCGUCGUUCGAGUACAAACGAUCUUACCGAUGAUUUAAACUCAGCUAUUUUAUCUUUGAAACCUUUUGGUCCUACUACUACUACUACUACCACCACCACUAAUAAUAAUACUACUACUACUAUUAUUACUAACAACGACAACGACGAUUGGAUUUAUUCGGAUAAAAAUCUACAUCAACUAGAUAAUCAUGGACAAAUACGAGAUACCUGUGUACCUCUCGAAACUGGACCACCCAGUGUUAGUAUUAGUCUUGGACGAGUUUGGAGGGAUGCUGUACCGGUACCGUAUCCUUCCUCUUCCGGACCCUCCGUCCAUCAUUCUUUGGACAGUGCAUUGAAAGAAAGAAAAGCAAGUCAACCAACAGUUGCUAGAACCGUCUCCGCUCCGGAAAAAACCAUCGUCAAGGACAACACUUCCUCGUCAUCAUCGUUUGGGUUCUCACUUAGGUUCACCAAACUGGCUGACUUCAGGGCAGGAAGUACGAGGAAUGGAUUCUUCAGAAGAAAAACAUCGUCAAAGCCAUCACCGAGUGUCAGUACCGAAGGUUAUUUUAAGAGGACCAGUUGCCAAAGGAGAUCGAGUUCGAGAAAACGUGGAAAGAGGACAUCGUUGCAACGAACAACAACAACUACAACGACAACGACAUCACAAAAAAACAAAAAAAAUAAUGAAGAUGCUGUUGCAAUAGGAGGAACGGGGGUGUCGGGAGUAACAGGGGUGGCAGGGGUUGCAGGUGUGGGGUCAGUUGUAAGAGAAAACAGUCCGGUUUGGUUCGUGCCACCUGAAAGGAGACGUUUGAGACGUCAAAGACGUGUCUGGCGAGAAAUUCGUUACUUUCCUGAACAGGAAAAAGAAGAAAAUGAUAAUAAUAAUGAUAAUAAUGAUGACAAUGAUAAUGAUGACGAUGAGGAUGCAUUGAUUUUAGAAAAAUUCGACGAUUAUUAUUCGUCGAAUAAUUUAUCGGACGAUCAAUUCGACGAUCAAAAAUUAUUACUAUCCGGUGACUUUAACGAGAGGAGAGACGAGACGUUCAAUUCUCUCGUUUCCUCCUCGUUAGGUUCGUUCUCGAUUACGUCAUCCUCCUCGUCGGUUUGUCCGGCACCAAAAAUAAGCGACUUCAAUGAGGACAAAUUAUUUUCCGAAGAAUUAAGAAACCGUGCUGCUGCUGGUUUUGGUGGUGGUAGUGGUAAUGGUAAUAAUAAUAAAAAUGGUGGUGGUGGUGGUUGUUUGUUGGGGAGAACAAAUAUUUGGAAACCAUCAUCAUUUUCUACAAUAAGUACGGACAAUUAUUUUACUAGCAGUCAAUUUAUUAAUUAUCUUGCUAAAAAUUCUUCGUCCAAUGAUAAUAGACCACGUAUUAUUAUCAAAGAAAGAUCUAGAAAGGAUAGUAAAUCCUAUUACAGAUAUUUUAGUUCUACCGACAGUGAAAAUGAAUCUGUUCGACGUGACGUAGACGACGUUGACGAUGAUGAUGAUGAUGAUGAUGAUGAUGACGAUGACAUAGACAUAGACAUAGACGAAGACGAUUAUCUUUUUCAACAACGUCAGCAACAUCUCAAACGACAAAAAUCUGGACCGAGAAGACGACCUUUAAGAAGAAAAUCUCAACUCCGUCGUGCAUCUGGCCAGCCCGUUUUUCUUGUUCGCAAAUGUUCGUCCUUGAGAAAACGACCCAGAGACAUAACUCAAAAGGGCUAUGAAAAGAAACGGACACGUCUGCUGCAACAAUAUGCAUCUAAACAACUCGGGGCUGGAAAUGGCGGCAUAUCUGGCAAUGGUGGCGACAUUGGUGGUAAUGGUGGUGGUGGUGGUGGAGGCGGAGGGGGUUUGGGUGGUGUUGGUGGAGGACUCGAAAGGACAAAUUAUGGAAGAGGAGGAGGAGGUGGUGGUGGUGGUGUUGGUGGAGGAGGAGGACGACCACAACCACGUGCACGACGCACGCAACGUCGUGUCACGCACAACGAGAAACGCUAUCAUUCAGGAGGUCGGCUAGUACCUGGUGGGAUCGCCAGUCCUCCGGGAUCUGGCGGCUCAACCGGAGGAAACACCGGGAAUUCAAACUCGGCUGCUGCUAGACGCGGUAAUCGCAGACUUACGCGCAAUGAGAGCCGCUAUCAUUCCGAGGUACGUCAGGAGGCGGUGCAACAAGCUUUGGCAGCUAUGCAAGGUCGACCAAAACCAUCCUUACCAAUGCCAUCAAAGAGAACUUCCGUCAUGGCUAGGAGUCCUGAACGGGAACGUCGUGACAGUGGGGAAUCAAGUAGUGAUGAGGAUAGUGUCGUAACAGAAGAAAGUCCUGGUGCUGGUGGUCCAACUGGUACUGGGUUAUCAGACACUAGCAGUACCGGAUCAGCACGUGAUACACCACCACCACCAAGACCACCAGCUAGGAGGCCACCUGGUGCUGACAUUACUGACAUCGCCGAAUAUACGCCUCAUGCUUACUGUAAUAUACAACCACCGGACGUAACGCAUACGGGCAGUACGCCAACAGCUCAGCAGUCGACGAGACGACCCGGUGCCGAUCGUGUCAAUCGUUACCACGUAGUAGAAGAUCAAAAUAAUACAGGAACUACGGGACGUUGGAAAGUGUCAGCUAAAAUUCAACAAUUAUUGAAUACGUUAAAACGGCCAAAGAGACGACCAUUGCCAGAAUUUUACGAGGACGACGAUAUAGAAUUGGAAAUAGCUGCUAAUCCUAAAGAUCCUAAUGCACCUAAACCGGAAGGUGGUUCGAUGACGUCUGCGAUCGGUGAACAAUUAUCGGUGCCAUCGGGGUUACCUAGAUCACUUGAAGCUGCUAUACAAAGGUAUGGCUCGGCAAGUUACAAAGCACCGGUUGCAACCGUAUUAGAUCCUAAUGGGAAACUUUGCAUCACAUUGACAUAUGGAAAACUUUUAAGUCGUUCCCAUAAAAUAGCAUAUACAUUAUUAAACAAGGCACUAAGUCGCGGUGGGGAUUGUUGUCUCAAGCCUGGAGAUAGAAUCGCAUUGGUAUAUCCUAACAAUGAUCCGAUCAGUUUUAUGUGUGCAUUUUAUGGUUGUCUUCAAGCUGGUAUCGUGCCUGUACCCAUAGAAGUACCAUUGACACGUCGAGAUGCAGGUUCCCAACAGAUAGGUUUUCUUCUCGGUAGUUGCGAAAUUCAGGUUGCCCUAACCAGCGAGGCUUGUCUCAAAGGUUUACCAAAGACAGCAGCUGGUGAAGUAGUAGCAUUCAAGGGUUGGCCAAAAUUGCAUUGGUUCGUAACAGAACAUUUAGGUAAAACUCCGAAAGAUUGGUUACCACCUCCCCGUUUAACCGAUGAUACACCAGCAUACAUCGAAUAUACAACAGUGAAGGAUGGAUCGGUGAUGGGUGUUACGGUUACGAGAUCAGCUAUGCUUGCUCAUUGUCGUGCACUAACACAAGCGUGCGGUUAUACCGAAGGAGAAAAUGCCGUUUGCGUGUUAGAUUUUAAACGGGAAGUUGGUCUAUGGCAUAGCACUCUGACUAGCGUAUUAAAUGGGAUGCACGUUAUAUUUAUACCGUAUGCCUUGAUGAAGGUAAAUCCAGCUAGUUGGAUGCAAAUGAUAACGAAAUAUCGAGCCAGCGUGGCAGUAGUUAAAUCACGAGAUCUCCAUUGGGGUUUAUUAGCAACCAAAGAUCACAAGGAUAUAUCAUUAUCCUCAUUGAGGUUGCUGCUAGUCGCUGACGGUGCCAAUCCUUGGUCCCUAUCUUCUUGUGAUCAAUUUCUUUCUGUGUUUCAAUCGAAGGGUCUUAGACCGGAUGCCGUAUGUCCUUGUGCAUCAUCUAGCGAAGCUCUUACGGUAUCUGUCAGAAGACCUGGUCGUGCAGGAGUUAAUGCUACCGGACGUGGCGUCCUUUCUAUGUCAGGAUUAAGUUAUGGCGUUGUUAGGGUAGAUCAAGAAAAUUCAUUGACUUCUCUUACGUUACAAGAUUGUGGUCAAGUUAUGCCAGGAAGUAUCGUAGUGGUAGUUAAGAUGGAAGGAAAGCCAUAUAUUUGUAAAACCGACGAAGUUGGUGAAAUAUGCGUGCAUAGUGCUGCUACUGGUAGUCAAUAUUGGGGACUUCAAGGAUUAACAAAUAAUACUUUCAAAGUAUCACCGUUACAAGCGGAUAGUACACCAUUAGGCGACGUGGAAUAUACACGAUCGGGUUUGUUAGGAUUUCUCGGUCCUGGUGGUUUGGUAUUUGUUUGCGGAUCUCGCGAUGGUCUUAUGACGGUGACAGGAAGGAAACAUAAUGCGGACGAUAUAAUAGCUACCGUAUUAGCGGUAGAACCAAUGAAAUUUAUUUAUCGUGGUAGAAUUGCUGUAUUCAGUGUUAGAGUUUUGCGAGACGAAAGGAUAUGCGUCGUUGCCGAACAACGGCCUGAUUGUAGCGAGGAAGAGAGUUUCCAAUGGAUGUCACGUGUUUUGCAAGCAGUUGAUUCAAUCCACGCGGUUGGAAUUUAUUGUCUUGCAUUAGUACCACCUAAUUAUCUACCAAAAACACCACUUGGCGGUAUUCACCUGUCUGAAACAAAAAGACGUUUUCUAGAAGGUGCACUACAUCCAGCUAACGUCCUGCUCUGCCCACAUACUUGUGUUACCAACUUACCAAAACCGCGUGAAGUGCAUUCGGCGGGGGAUUCUGUUGCAGACGUUGGUCCGGCGAGCGUAAUGGUUGGCAACAUCGUUCAAGGAAAUAGAUUGGCAUCUGCUCAAGGACGUGACAUGGGUGUUUUAGACGAGGACAGUGAUAAUGCUAAAAAGUAUCAAUUCAUCUCGGAGAUUUUACGUUGGCGUGCAGUUAGUACAUCCGAUCACGUAAUCUUUACAUCCCUAAAUGCAAAAGGAGCAGUGGCUACUUCAUUAUCCUGUUUACAACUUCACAAGAAAGCCGAACGCAUUGGGAAUCUUUUAUUGGAUCGUGGAAGAAUAAACACAGGGGAUCACGUAGCAUUGAUAUUUCCACCUGGGACAGAUUUGAUAUGCGCCUUUUAUGGUUGUCUUUACGUCGGUGCUGUACCUGUUACGAUCAGGCCCCCCCAUCCUCAAAAUUUGCAAACAACAUUGCCAACCGUUCGCAUGAUCGUUGAUGUCAGUAAAUCCGUACUCGUAUUGACCAAUCAAAAUAUCAUGAAAUUAUUAAAGACUAAGGAAGCUAAUAAUGUUAUCGAAGUUAAAACUUGGCCAACGAUUCUUGAUAUGGAUGACAUGCCAAAGAAAAAGCUUCCCGUUAUGUAUCGAGCACCUACUGCGGAAAUGUUGGCAUACUUGGAUUUUAGUGUAUCCACUACGGGCAUGUUGGCCGGAAUUAAAAUGUCACACGCGGCAGUAACGUCCUUAUGCCGUGCUAUGAAACUCGCAUGCGAAUUAUAUCCUUCAAGACAUAUCGCUCUCUGUUUAGAUCCUUAUUCCGGUCUUGGGUUUGCUCUAUGGUGUUUAAGUAGUAUAUACAGUGGACAUCAUUCCAUUUUAAUACCACCAUCCGAGGUUGAAGCAAAUCCAGCUCUAUGGUUAUCAGCUGUUAGUCAAUCCAGAGUAAGGGAUACUUUUUGCUCUUACGGUGUUAUGGAAUUAUGCACUAAAGGCUUAGGUUCCUCGGUUCAUGCUCUAAAAGCUCGUGGCGUUAGUUUAGCAUGUGUUAGGACUUGCGUAGUAGUUGCAGAAGAACGACCACGAAUAGCAUUGACUACGAGCUUCAGUAAAUUGUUCUCUGCUCUUGGAUUAAGUCCUCGUGCUGUCUCAACGUCGUUUGGAUGUAGAGUUAAUACUGCCAUAUGUCUUCAGGGUGCAUCUAGUCCGGAACCAUCAACGGUAUACGUGGAUCUACGAGCAUUACGUAACGACCGUGUAUCCCUAGUCGAAAGGGGUAGCCCACAUUCACUCUGUUUAAUGGAAUCCGGAAAAUUAUUACCCGGUGUCAAAGUUAUAAUAGCAAAUCCCGAAACAAAAGGUCAAUGCGGCGACUCGCAUUUAGGAGAAAUCUGGGUACAAUCGGCGCACAAUGCAAGCGGUUAUUUUACAAUUUAUGGGGACGAGACUGAUUAUGCCGAUCACUUCAAUGCACGACUCGUAACUGGAAACACAAAUGAAGUUUACGCUAGGACCGGUUAUCUUGGUUUCCUAAGAAGGACUGAAAGCGUUCAACAGUCUGUUAUUAGUGACGUUCCCGGUGAUACUUCUGCUGCAUCGGAAGCCGAUCUUGUUCCCGGUGAUGCCGAAUUACAUGACGCUGUUUUUGUCGUUGGUGCUUUGGACGAAGCUAUUUUACUUAGGGGCAUGAGAUAUCAUCCGAUUGAUAUUGAAAACAGUGUCAUGAGGUGUCAUAAGAAAAUUGCCGAAUGCGCCGUGUUUACGUGGACUAAUCUGUUAGUAGUAGUGGUCGAGCUGGAUGGAAGUGAAAGUGAAGCUCUCGAUUUAGUGGCACUUGUUACUAGCGCUGUUUUGGAAGAACAUCAUUUGGUAGUAGGUGUAGUAGUAGUAGUUGAUCCAGGUGUAGUUCCAAUCAAUUCGAGAGGUGAGAAACAACGGAUGCAUUUGCGCGAUGGAUUCCUUGCCGAUCUACUUGACCCGAUUUAUGUAGCCUAUAACAUGUGAACGCUAAUCAUCAUCAGCAGGAUAAUAGAAUUAUUAUUUUACGUUGAAGAAGACAUAGUUGAUAAA